AUGGGGAGCAGUAACAGAGCUGGGCUUCAGCUCAGUGACACUGAUUCCAGUGACAUGGAGGACUUGCCAGUGUUUGAUUUUUCACAAUACAAAUCCAGCCAAGCACCAAAGGAGGACCCGGUGGUUUUGGACGGCUCGGACUCGGAGGUGGUUCCGCUGUCUUCCCUGGUCUUGGCAGAGUCCUGCAGUCCCGCCGUAGCAGCGGGAGGAGACGUCCACGUGGUUAGCAGUGACAGCGAAGAGGAAACUUUCAUUCCUUUAGCGGUAAGACUCAAACAAAAACAAGGAGGUUUUUCUGUGGCCACUGCAGCCACAGACAGAGAGAAGGACACGAAAGCUCGGUGCGUCUCAACACAUCAGAGCUCCUCUAGUAACGGAACAGCUUCCAAACCGCGACACGCCUCGUCGGCGGAACAGUCGGCGGAACACAAAGGGAUUUCUGGAGAAUGCGAAACGCAGAACAGAAUGUACCCUGUGACAGAUGCCCCCUCAGGUGGUGAAAUCGGCACUUACCCUGCCAAGCGGAAACGGGGUCCUGCUGAAAUCGUGGCAAGCAGAGAGGAGGCUUUGAGGAGAAGAGCCGAGAGAGACAGGCUGCAGGGGGAGAGAGAGAGGAUGAGAGCGGAGAAGAAAGCUCUGUUCGAGGCCGUCAAGGCCUUGAGGCCAGAGGAGUGCAUCAAACACAUGGUGGUGACUGUGGACCCAGCUUUGUUGCAGCUGGAGGGUGGCGGCGCUCUGCUGACUUCUCUGCAGUCUCUGGGCUGCGGCUGUGUCAUUGAGAAACAGCCUCUCCCACGCAGCGUCUCCUGGACCAGACGCUCUCCCUCUCCCCAGACGGGAGAGCUGCUGUCUGUUCUCGAGUCUCACACUCUAGUCCACGUGCCUGUGGAGGACUUCAUGAGCAUGGUCCACAGCUCCACUCAGGAGCAGAGAGGGGAGAUUAUAGAUUGCACCCCUUCUUUGACUGCCUGGACUUCACGCCUCCUGGACAGAAAUGCGGGCGCAAGGCUGAACUUGGUCGUGAUUGACAUAGAGAAAUACUUCAAAUCUCAGAAAGCCAAGACGCAGAAGAGACUCAGGGAGGCAGUUUUGGGAGAGGGGCAGGGGUCAAACCCACAGGGAGGGGGAAGAGUGAAGAAGAGAAGAGAUGGAGGAGAGAAGCUUCCAAACAUCUCUCGUGUGGAACUUGAGGAGGCCUUGGUAGACCUGCAGCUACAGACAGGAGUCCAAGUCCGCUUCCUGUCAACCUGGAAGGAUUUUUCUGAUUAUGUUGCCAUGUCAACUAAGGCAGUAGCUGAAGCACCUUUCAAGCGGGAGAGAGAGAAGACUGGGUUUGGGUUCUGUGUGGAGAGCGAGUGGGCAGGUGGCCACCGUGUGGAGCGCUCAGGGAAAGGCCUGGUGCAGGUCUGGAAGAGACAGAUGCAACAGCUGAACCGAGUCAGUCCAGACAUGGCCACAGCCAUAGUCAGCAACUACCCUUCUCCUCAGGCCCUCGUUCAGGCUUACGCGUGGUGCAAAUCGGAGCGUGAGAAAAUCAGCCUGCUGGCAGACGUUCUGAUACGCCGAGGCGAGGGAGUGACGUCCACCACACGCAGGGUCGGACCGGAACUUUCCAAACGCCUGUUUCUGCUGAUGACAUCAUCUGAUCCUGAGCAGGUGUUGGACUCCGCGGUUUAA